AUGCCUCGUCCACGUGUUUUCUUCGAUAUUGAGAUUGGUGGACAACGAUCGGGACGUAUCAUUAUGGAGCUGUUCAAUGAUGUAGUGCCGAAAACAGCUGAAAAUUUCCGUGCAUUAUGUACGGGUGAGAUGGGAAUUGGUAAGUCAGGGAAACCACUACAUUAUAAAGGUUCAACAUUCCAUCGCGUCAUCCCGAAUUUCAUGUGCCAGGGUGGUGAUUUCACGCGUGGCAAUGGAACCGGAGGUGAAUCUAUUUAUGGUAAAAAAUUUGAAGAUGAAAAUUUUAAGGAGAAGCACAGUGGACCUGGUGUACUAUCCAUGGUAAGCGUAUACGACAAUAAUAUACGUAGGUUGCAAUUAUCGCCGCCGUACGGUAGCUCAAUGUUAGAAUUGUGCAAAAGACGAUUAUCAUUUGAUAGUUCCAGUCCUUCUACUUCUUAUUUCUCUUCCACAUCGGGUUUAAAUAAAGCGAGCAGUGAUGAUUUGGCUGUGGCAAAUGCUGGUCCAAACACGAAUGGAUCACAGUUCUUCUUGUGUACUGUGAAGACGGAUUGGUUGGAUGGCAAGCAUGUUGUAUUCGGUCGAGUUGCCGAAGGAAUGGAUGUAGUACAGAAGAUUGAAGCUGUGUAUUUUGAUCUUUUCAAAAUGUUGACUUACAAUAUUUAUAAGCGAAAUAUGAAGAAUGUAACAGUAUCAGUUAUUUUAAAGGAUGUUAUUUUACAGGGUUCACAAAACGGUAAGACAUCAAAAGAUGUAGUAAUCGCGGAUUGUGGAGAAUUGUAA